UCGCCUUUUGUUCGGUUACGGAGUUGCUGCCUUGGCCAGAGUCCGGAGCGGCCGCCGCCCGAGCGCGCAGACCUCAAUUCGCUGCCCGCGCCGGCUCCCAUCCCUACCCAGCCCGGCCAGGCUCCACACACAGCAGGCACCAUGGAGGUGAUGAACCUGAUCGAACAACCCAUCAAGGUGACUGAGUGGCAACAGACGUACACCUACGACUCGGGCAUCCACUCGGGCGCCAACACCUGUGUGCCCUCGGUCAGCAGCAAGGGGGUCAUGGAGGAGGAGGAGGCCUGCGGGCGCCAGUAUACGCUCAAGAAGACCUCCACUUACACCCAGAACCAAGGUGACCUAGAGUACCAGAUGUCCACGACGGCCAGAGCCAAGAGGGUGCGGGAAGCCAUGUGUCCUGGCAUGACAGGCGAGGACAGCUCGCUGCUGCUGACCACCCAGGUGGACGGGCAGACCACCAACCUGCAGCGGCUGGCUGAGCCAUCCCAGCUGCUCAAGUCGGCCAUUGUCCACCUCAUCAACUACCAGGAUGACGCCGAGCUGGCCACAAGGGCCCUGCCCGAGCUCACCAAGCUGCUCAACGACGAGGACCCGGUGGUAGUGACCAAGGCAGCCAUGAUCGUGAACCAGCUGUCGAAGAAGGAGGCAUCUCGACGGGCCCUGAUGGGCUCGUCUCAGCUGGUGGCGGCUGUCGUGCGUACCAUGCAGAAUACCAGUGACCUGGACACGGCCCGCUGCACCACCAGCAUCCUGCACAACCUCUCCCACCACCGCGAGGGGCUGCUGGCCAUCUUCAAGUCUGGAGGCAUCCCUGCCCUGGUCCGCAUGCUCAGCUCCCCUGUGGAGUCGGUCCUGUUCUAUGCCAUCACCACGCUGCACAACUUACUGCUGUACCAGGAGGGCGCCAAGAUGGCAGUGCGGCUGGCGGACGGGCUUCAGAAGAUGGUGCCUCUGCUCAACAAGAACAACCCCAAGUUCCUGGCCAUUACCACGGACUGCCUGCAGCUCCUGGCUUACGGCAAUCAGGAGAGCAAACUGAUUAUACUGGCCAAUGGAGGCCCCCAGGCCCUCGUGCAGAUCAUGCGUAACUACAGUUAUGAGAAGCUGCUCUGGACCACCAGCCGCGUGCUGAAGGUGCUGUCCGUGUGUCCGAGCAAUAAGCCUGCCAUUGUGGAGGCUGGUGGGAUGCAGGCCUUGGGCAAACACCUCACGAGUAACAGCCCCCGCCUCGUGCAGAACUGCCUCUGGACCCUGCGCAACCUCUCGGAUGUGGCCACCAAACAGUCUGACACCAGGAACGAUGGGAGGUCUGAGGCCACAACCACCUACGCUGCUGCUGUCUUGUUCCGUGUCUCCGAGGACAAGAACCCAGAUUACCGAAAGCGCGUGUCAGUGGAGCUCACCAACUCCCUCUUUAAACACGACCCCGCUGCCUGGGAGGCUGCCCAGAGCAUGAUCCCCAUCAACGAGCCCUAUGCGGAUGACAUGGACGCCACCUACCGCCCCAUGUACUCGAGCGACGUGCCCCUGGACCCCCUGGAGAUGCAUAUGGACAUGGACGGGGACUACCCCCUUGACACCUACAGCGACGGGCUCCGGCCCCCCUACCCCGCUGCGGACCACAUGUCCUAGCUGGCCGAGCAGCUCGGCGCCCUCCCGCUUGGUGGCCCUCCUCGGCCUGCUGGCUGCUGAGACACGCUUUCCCUUCCCCAGAAUCUCCUUCUCACAGAGGCCCUCUCAUGUCUCCACUGAAACCUUGGCUCCUUUUUGGGGGGAACAAGUUGGCCUUUUGCUGUUGGGCUCCCUCAAGGCAGGCUUGCCUCAGCCUGCCUGACCCUGUUAUAUGGGCUGGGGCCCUGGGGAGUCCUGCCCUUCCUGUGGGUAGCGGAGCAGAGGAACACCUAGGGGACUUAGGGUGCCCUACCCCCCCUCCCCCGCCAGGCACACAGCUCUCAGAGAGGCUCUUAUGCAGGCAGUGGGGCCAGUCAGAAAGUGCCUGACCCAGGGCGCAGGGCUGAGACUUCCUGCCGAGCCCUGCACCCCCAGGGGUCCUCCUAGGGCUUUUCGGGAUGGUGAUCUGCUCCCACUUUUCUGCUCUAGACUGUGGCUCUAGGGAUCGACACCCCUCACCUCUACCCCAGCUCUAGCCCUUUGCCGCCGAAGCUUUAAACUCCAGCUGCCCACUCCCACCCCCUAGUCAUCUAGGGUGCCAGGGCCCCACGGGCUUUGGUGACUUCUCUUGGUCUGAUUUUCUCACUAAACUCCACCCAAACAACUAACUGCCCUGAGCCCCCCUGGAUCCUGGGACCCAGGCUUAAGACCCAAGCCCCUGAAGUCCAGAGCUUGUCUCGAAAUUCAGGGACUGUCUCUGAGAAGGGGAAGACACCAAGAGCCGGUCCCCUGCUCCAGGACCGGCUGUUUCUCUCCUGGGAGAGGCAUUCAGUGGCUUUGACCCUCCAGGGGAGCUCUGGGGACAGUUCCCUGCACCCCUGCCCACCCACCCACCAACCCAGCUGACCCCUGAGAAGUGCUCUUGGCUGACCCCUCUGGUGUGCGGUGAGGGACUGUCUUCUUCCUGUUUCACACUCCCCCCACUGCCUCCUGCUUUGAGCGUGGGGGGCUAGGGGAGGUCCCAACGGAGUUUUAUUAUUACUGCUUUAUGUUUUUGGUUAUUGGUUUUUGUAUAGACCAAAGCAAAGAAAAUAAAAAUAACACAGAUCCAAAGAAGGCUGUUUAGGGAAGGUAGGUGGGGAGACGCGGGUGCCUUAGCAGCCUGGUGCCACUUGGUAUGUGGGAAAGCCUCCCCGAGAGGGGAGUGCAGGAGAAGGGAGCAUUUGCGAAGCUGGGUUGGCUUAAUUCAGUGCACACUUGCCGGGCUCCAGCUUGAAUCUUGGGAGCUGGAGGGGUGAGGAGAUGAUGGACUGAACGUCCUCCAGCACCAGGGUGCUCAGCUGAACGGCUCCCUGCUGCCCUGCUCCCAGCCGCACAUGGGUGGAUUUCUCUUUAUGUUCCGGGAGUCCAGUUUCUCUUUAUGUUGACUGGAGGCCUUCACCUGCUCACCCCGUGGGAUCUGGCUCCGACCCCUGCAGGAACACGCCUCCACCCUCCACCCCCUCCCAGCCAGGCUGAACCCACAUCCCUUGUCUGCCCCACAAUGCCCUAUGCACGGCUGUCAUUUCACCCAACGCGUUGGUGCAGCUGUCAACUGUGACAUGAUGAUCCACCCCCAUGUGUCCCCAAAUUCUUUCAGCUCCCCACCCUGGCAGCCUGUGACUCCUGGGCCAGCCCCCAGCCUUGGCCCACCUUCCGCACUUAGCUGGGGCUGUGCAGGGGAGGCAGACUGGCCUGCUUCUCCAGGAACAGCAGCACCUGGCUGGAGGUGGUGGGCGUGGCUGUCUGGAGAUCCUAAGUGGGAGAGAGCCAGCUCCCCUGAGGAGCUGGGGGGUGGGGGGGGGAAGGAGAGAACAGCAGGAUUGGCUCUGCAGAGGUCUUUUAACAAUACAUCUUGUUCAGGGCCUGUCUUAGCUCUGGCUACUAUUAUAACAAAAUAGCAUAGACAGGGGCCUUAAACAACAGGCAUUCACUGCUCAGGUCUGGAGGCUGGACGUCCAAGAUCAAGGUGCCAGCAGGUUCUGGUCUGCUGAACCCUGACUUCUUGGCUGGUAGGUAGCUGCUUCUCCGUGCACUGGUGUGGUCUUUCCAGGCGUGUGCUGCUGGAGAGAGCUCGAUCGCUGAGGCCCCUGUUCCACCCUGUGGCCCCACCCUCACCCUAGCCUUUGAACCUAGCUGCCUUGCAGAGCCCUUGCCUCCAAAUAUCCUAUUGGGGGGUAGGACUUCAGCAUAUAAAUUUGGGGGACAGUCAGUCCAUAAAAGGGCGCUGGCAGGAAACACUCAACUGAGUGAUUCCAGACUUUUUGCCAGGGGACAACUUACCAAGGUGUGGGCAAGAGUAGGAGCAGCAAGGGAGAGGACAGGUCCCUGGGCCUCCGGAGGGAAGGGAUGGCGUGCUUCUUGGGGACAGGACCCUGUGGAUGAGCUUCCUGACCAGGGCAGUACCCUGGUCUCCACCUGGGAGCUAUGACCUUACUCCCUCUUACCUGUUGGUGGAAACCAAGCAACCAGGGUGUCUUCCAGGUGGCCCAUUCAUGGUGCCUGCCACCGCCCAGAGCAAAGUGGAGAGUUCUGGAAAAGUCAGGCAAAGACAACUUGGCAUACUUUCUUUCUCCCACCUCCUCAAAGGAAAAUUCAAGUCAGCGUAUAAGAAAGAAUUGCUCUCUCAAGCCUCAUAAUAGGCAGAGAAUAAAAGGAAGGCAGGGCAGCAAAACACACCCAUUUUAUGGCUUAAUAGUGCCAUGACUGAAUGCUAUGUCAGCUCCUGAGCCUCCUGGCAGCCUGGUCUAAAAGGAAAACAAUGCAAGUCAGUCAUUUUUUGUUUGUUUGUUUUUUAAUCUGUUAGACUAAUUUAAAAAAAUGCUUUAUUUACAUCAUCAUUUUAAGCAAGAAAGCAAGAUACAAACUACAUAUUUCCUGAUUUUACUCAUGUGCAAGGUAAAGAAACAAAGUAAACAGACCAAAUAAAAAUCCUUAGAUUUGACAAUAGAAUGGUGGUUACCAGAGGGGCUGGAAGAGGGGGAUGGGUGGGGGACAGGUAGAGGGUUCAGAUGGAUGGUGGUGGAGAUGCUAAACCUUUGGUGUGAGGUGUGCUGUGGCACAUUACAGUUGCCAAAAUGUGAAGCUGUAUUCAUGAAACCCACACAGUGUUGUAAUUCAAUGUUGCCUUAAUUAAUGGGGGGAAAUCCCUGCCAAUUUACAAUUGUAACUGUGACUUAACUUUAAAAAAAAAAAACUUUUAAAAGUGACUUAACUUAAAAAGGGCAAGUCAGUCUUGGUGACUUAGCCACCUCUCCAGUUUGCACAGAGGAACUAUCUGAAGUCCACUGGGGACAUGGCAGCCGGACACCAGUCAUGCUGACAAGCCUGGGACUGAGUCUGGGACAAUCUCUUCCUUUUAAGUGGACUUGGUGGGCGAAGCUCAGGCAAGGAAGGAGACUGAGUGAGUGGCCAGCGUGGGACAGGGACGCAGGCUUCCAUGGCAGGCAGGCUUGAUGGAGCAGCCUCACCCAAGGACCAGGCCCCAUCUGUCCUGUCCUGGAAGAAUGUCUCUGCCACCUACCACUGUCAACACUUUUCUCUUUGUAACUGGUGAACUUGAAACUGCUUUUAAAAUAUAAUCUGUUGGGCCCUCCCUAGUGGCACAAUGGAAUGAAACAAAGCACCAUCUGC